AUGGCAUACAACGGCCAGGGCAAUGGCCAGAGCCCCUAUGGGGGUCAUCCCAUGCAGGACCUCCCUUCAGGAAGCACCUAUCACCUUCCCCCUCAGGAGCAGGAGGAAGAGGCUGGCCGCUACCUCCUCAACGACCGCCCGGCCCCCGGUUACGACCAAGGCAGGCUGGGUGCCGCCACGCCCCCUGACCGCCCCGUGUCCGCCUACAGCCUCACAGAGUCGUACGCUCCCGGAGCCGCUGAGAUGCCCCCCCCCGGGUCUGGCUUCAGCGAUGCCGGGGGCUACGGUCAGUACGGCCUGGACCCCAACGCCGCCGGCUUCAGCACGCCUCGUCCCAUGUCUACCAUGGAGGACGAUGACGAGGACAGCUGGAUGGAACGUCAGCAGAUGCCCAACACGUCCGGCUCCAGGACCGGUCUGAAGCGCUUCAACACCCGAAAGAUCAAGCUUGUCCAGGGCUCCGUCCUGAGCAUCGACUACCCCGUCCCCAGCGCCAUCAAGAACGCCGUCCAGGCGCGCUACCGCGACCUCGAGGGCGGCAACGAGGAGUUCAUGAAGAUGCGCUACACUGCCGCCACCUGCGACCCCAACGACUUCACCCUCAAGAACGGCUACGAUCUGCGACCCCGGAUGUACAACAGGCACACUGAGCUGCUCAUCGCCAUCACCUACUACAACGAGGACAAGGUCCUGCUGAGCAGAACCCUCCACGGUGUCAUGCAGAAUAUCCGCGAUAUUGUCAACCUCAAGAAGUCGACCUUCUGGAACAAGGGAGGCCCCGCCUGGCAGAAGAUUGUCGUCUGCCUCGUCUUCGACGGUAUCGACAAGGUCGACAAGAACGUCCUCGACGUGCUCGCCACCGUCGGCAUCUACCAGGACGGUGUCAUCAAGAAGGAUGUCGACGGCAAGGAGACCGUCGCUCACAUCUUCGAGUACACCAGCCAGCUGUCCGUCACCCCCAGCCAGCAGCUCAUCCGCCCUACCGAAGACAGCACCAACAACCUGCCCCCUGUCCAGUUCAUCUUCUGUCUCAAGCAGAAGAACACGAAGAAGAUCAACUCUCACCGUUGGCUCUUCAACGCCUUUGGUCGCAUCCUCAACCCCGAGGUCUGCCUGCUGCUCGAUGCCGGCACCAAGCCUAGCCCCCGCUCCCUGCUCGCCCUCUGGGAGGGUUUCUACAACGACAAGGACCUGGGAGGUGCUUGCGGUGAGAUCCACGCCAUGCUGGGCAAGGGGGGCAAGAAGCUCCUCAACCCCCUCGUCGCCAUCCAGAACUUUGAGUACAAGAUCUCCAACAUCCUCGACAAGCCCCUCGAGUCGUCGUUCGGAUACGUCACCGUGCUGCCCGGUGCCUUCUCGGCCUACCGCUUCCGCGCCAUCAUGGGCCGCCCUCUUGAGCAGUACUUCCACGGUGACCACACCCUUUCCAAGGUGCUGGGCAAGAAGGGUAUCGACGGCAUGAACAUCUUCAAGAAGAACAUGUUCCUGGCCGAAGAUCGUAUCCUCUGUUUCGAGGUCGUCGCCAAGGCCGGCCAGAAGUGGCACCUGGGCUACAUCAAGGCCGCCAAGGGUGAGACCGACGUUCCCGAAGGUGCCGCCGAGUUCAUCGGACAGCGUCGUCGCUGGCUGAACGGUUCCUUCGCCGCCACGCUCUACUCGCUGAUGCACUUUGGCCGCAUGUACAAGUCUGGUCACAACUUCGUCCGCAUGUUCUUCUUCCACAUCCAGGAGAUCUACAACUUCCUCAACACCAUGUUCUCCUGGUUCUCGCUGGCCUCGUAUUACCUGACGACGAGCGUCAUCAUGGACAUUGUGGGUACGCCGUCGAUCCCCGGGUCUAACAGCUCGGAGAACCACGGCUUCCCCUUUGGCGACACGGCCACGCCCGUCAUCAACUCCAUCCUCAAGUACCUGUACCUCGCCUUCAUCAUGCUGCAGUUCAUCCUGGCUCUGGGUAACCGCCCCAAGGGAUCCCGCUUUACCUACCUCGCCUCGUUCAUGGUCUUCGGCCUGGUCCAGAGUUACAUCCUGGUCCUGUCCUUCUACUUGGUCGCGAACGCCUUCAGCAAGACGCCCAUCGAGAGCCAGAUCUCGUUCGAGUCGGGCGAGGCCGUGUGGGAAAGCUUCUUCGGCGGCAGCGGCGCCGGCGGUGUCAUCAUCAUCGCCCUCAUCACCAUCUACGGUCUCAACUUCCUCGCCUCCAUCUUGUACCUGGACCCGUGGCACAUGUUCCACUCCUUCCCGCAGUACCUGGUCCUCAUGUCGACGUACAUCAACAUCCUCAUGAUCUACGCCUUCAACAACUGGCACGACGUGUCGUGGGGUACCAAGGGAUCCGACAAGGCCGAGGCCCUCCCCUCGGCCACGGUGACGAAGAGCGAGAAGAACGAGGUGGUUGUCGAGGAGAUUGAAAAGGAGCAGGAGGACAUCGACAGCCAGUUCGAGCAGACUGUCCGCCGUGCCCUGGCUCCCUUCAAGGAAGUUGAGGAGAUUGAGAAAAAGGACAUUGAGGACUCGUACAAGUCUUUCCGUACCGGCCUCGUCAUCACCUGGCUCUUUUCCAACCUCUUCCUCAUUAUCGCCAUUACCAGCGACAAUUUUGAUGCGCUCGGUCUCGGUAGCACCUCGUCCACCCGUACCGCCAACUUCUUCAAGUUCCUCCUCUACGCAACCGCCCUGCUUUCCUUGGUCCGCUUCAUCGGUUUCCUCUGGUUCCUGGGUAACACUGGUCUUAUGUGCUGCUUUGCCAGGAGGUAA